AUGGAUGUCAUUGGACCCAUGAUUUUGAAAGCCUUAAAUGGUCACGAAUACAUCUUAGUGGCCAUCGAUUAUUUCACAAAGUGGGUGGAAACCGCCUCGUACAAGAGCGUCACUCAAGUCGUGGUAGCCCGAUUCUUGAAACACAACAUUAUUUGCCGCUACGGCGUGCCAGGAGAGCUCAUUACAGACAGUGGGAUGAACCUAAAUGGAAAAAUGAUCCAGCAACUAUGCCAACAGUUCAAGAUUGAACACAGAAAUUUAGUUUCCUAUCGUCCUCAGAUGAAUGGUAUAGUGGAAGCUGAUAACAAGAUCAUAAAGAAAAUCUUGGUGAAGAUGACAACAUGUAAAAGGAUUGGCAUGAAUACUUGCUAUUUGCUCUGUCUGCAUAUCACACUUCUGUUCAUACCUCUACGAGUGCGACCCUAUAUUCACUGGUAUAUGGCAUAA